AUUUAAAAUCAUUGCUCGAACAAGAUGCCGCUGAACUGGUGAAACACCUAAGCCUAUCUGAUGCUAAUUACUCACUAGCUUUAUCCUUGCUGGCUGAAAGAUAUGACAAUAAGCUUAGAAUCAUUAACUUUCACAUCUCAUCAAUUUUAGAUAUACAGCCAAUAAAUAAGUGCUCAGCCUCAAUGCUAAGAAACAUUGUUUCACAAACAAAACAACACAUAGCUGCCUUACAAACACUUGAUGUACCAGUUCAAUCCUGGGAUUUAAUUAUAAUUUCCAUUUUGCAAAGGAAAAUUGAUCAGGGCACGUUUAGGUUUUUCCAUUCAGAGCUUAAACAAAAUACAUUGCCUAAGCUAGAUUAUUUUCUAAACUUUUUAGAGCAACGUGCAACCAUUCUUGAGACCGUGGCUGAGGCUGGCCAUAGCCAUGCUCACCCUACCCGAGUAGUGAACAAGAGCCACGGAGCGAGCCUCGUGACCACCACAGGGAGUACCACCAGCUCCAGCACAAAAUGCUGCGACUUCUGUAAGUCUAAAUAUCACAAGUUGUAUCAAUGUCAAAAGUUUCAAUUAGCUUUGCCAACUGAACGUGUGCUGUUUAUUCAAAAUAAUAAGUUGUGUUCACUUUGCUUAAAUCAGCAUAACAAUAGAAAGUGUUUCUUUGCAUUCAAGUGUAGCAUAUGUAAGGAGCGUCAUAAUACGUUAUUACACGUAGAUAAUGUACCAGAAAUACCUAAGCAGGUAUCGGUAUCAAUGGGCCAAUAUGGCAAUAUAUUACUACCAACUAUUAAGGUAGGUUUAGUAGAUAAGCUUGGAAAUACGGUUUAUGCCAAGGCUUUAUGUGACCCAGGUAGUCAAAUAUCAUUCAUUUCAUCAGAUUUAGCUGAUCAAAUUAGUUGUGAAUUAAAAGAUGAGCAAACUAUAAUUAGUGGCAUAUGUCAAGGGAAAAACAAAACUGCAAAGAAGGCUAAGUUUACAAUAUAUUCUGAAAAUAAUGAUUACAGCUUAAAGCUAACAUGUUGCAUUGUUUCAAAAAUAACUUGCGAUUUACCACAAUUUGAUGUAGAUAUUGGUAGCUUAAACAUACCGACUCACAUCAAGUUAGCUGACAGGGAUUUCAAUAAAAGUGAACCAAUAUCAAUUUUAUUGGGUUGUGAUAUAUUUUUCAAAAUUCUUUUGCGUGAACAAUUGCCAAUAAUUCCUGGCGGGUUAUAUUUACAUGACACGCGUUUUGGUUAUGUUGUGGCAGGACAAUUACCGUUACAACGAAGCCCGGCCACCACGUCACAACAGAUAACAGCUGUUAGCAACUUUUGUAACCUUGACAAUGAAAUUAGGUCACGUGAGGUCGAUGACACUCUUACAUCUAUUGAUAGCUCACUCAAACAGCUGUGGCGGUGCGAGCAGGUGCCGCAGAUUUAUAAGGAGGCUUCAUCUGAGCAGGAACUAGCAGAAACAAUGUUUCAGGAGUCAGUCCAGCUAGAAGACUGUAAAUUUCAGGUAAAGCUACCUUUAAAGCAAGAGUUUAAUGAAGUCAGGCUGGGUAACUCUUUAUCUCGAGCCUUAAAGAGGUUCUAUAACUUAGAAAAAAGGUUUUUAAAGGAUCCGUUGCUUUUUCAGCAAUAUAAACAAUUUAUUGAUGAAUAUGUUUCGCUUGGGCAUGCGAAAUAUGUUGAUAUUGAAAGUUACAAUUUAGAAGAGGAUCCUGUAUAUUUUCUGUCUCAUCACCCUGUGAUUAAUGAAGGUAGCAAAACUACGCGGUUAAGGGUAGUUUUCGACGGUUCAAUGCAGACCGAUCGAAACAUUUCAUUAAAUGACUUAAUGUUAAAUGGACCUUGUGUGCAAAACAGUUUGUUUAAUAUAUUAAUAUUAUUUCGAUUGCAUAAAUUUGUCUUAGUAACUGACAUAAAAAAGAUGUUCAGAAACAUUAAACUUGAUCCAUCACAAUGCUCAAUUCAGAACAUACUAUGGCGUAGUAGCCCACAAGAAAGAAUUAAAUGUAUUCAAUUAUUAACAAUUACAUAAUAGGCCUAAGUGGCAGAAUUCUCUUCCUAAUAUCGAAGUAGGAACAUUAGUUUUAUUGAGGAGUGAUAACAUUCCUCCUUUGAGUUGGCCAAUGGCACGUGUUGUUGAAACGUUCCCAGGUUCAGAUGGCAAAGUUAGGGCAUUGUCAGUCAAAACAACAAAAGGUACUGUGAUACGGACAAGUGUUACCAAAGUAUGUGUACUACCUAUCGAUAAAUAAGCCUGGAACGUGGUGGUUCCAUUGUGGUGCUCAUUGGGCUCGCCUUACUCAACUAAUUUACAUUGUAAAAAUUGUUUAGUUUGUAUUAAAGCAAUAUAAUUAUGUGGCUAAAUAGGUUACAGUAGUUUAUCUUAAGACUUACAAUUGUUAUUAAACUUAAAAUUUGUGUCUUUACUGUUCAGGUGUAAAGUUAAAAUGU